AUGUCUUCAGCUCCCAAGGACGCUUCCUAUUACAAGCCUACUGAGGCUUAUGCACUCCGUGAGCGCAUUCGCCGGGCGGAGGAACAGCUCCAAGGCGAGUACGACCGUCAUUCACUUGUUUGUCAAGGUUCAGCCAAGCUCCCUCAACGUACACAUCGCAACAUUUGCGACGCAUAUGUGUGGACGGCAGACGGUGGUAAUUACCAAGAAGCGCGAUCAACACUUGACAUGGUCAAGUUGGAGGUUGGCGGUAGCCUGGAAAAAGACUCAAGCCUUGGAACCUCAACAGAAGCUGAGGUGUCAGUACUCACCUUGACGGCAAGCUAUUCUGUGGAAGCCAUGUCAACCACCCACCUCAAUUUCGUGAUGACAAAAGAUCAGUCAUCAGAGGAAGGCUUCGAGUUAGCCAUGGAGUUACCUCCGUCCGUCAAUAUCAGAUACAUGGACCCGAACACCGGCAGAUAUCUCAAGACACCUGGCGCGGUUGAUGCGUAUAGGUGGAUGAGCUUUUGGCUUGAGCCAAGCCUGGAGGCGACGGAUACCUUCUUCGAGCAUGUCCUUGAUCACACUUGGCUUGAGAAGUCACCGGAGCCCAAUGCCCAAUGCCCAACUGUUGCGGACUCUGCGCGAAGGACUGGCGAAUGA